UGACCUGCUACACAAUUAGAUUAUUGUUCUUUCAGCUUUGUGUGGAGAGGAUCUGAAGGAUUGGAAGGAGGGGGGGAAAAGAGCCAGCCAGAGGCAUCACUGUGGAUAUGGAAUAAGGGAUUGCUCAGCUCCUGCAGAUUCACUUGCUAACUCGGGAGUUACAGCUGUUAUUAGGAAGCAUUCAGUGUGGCUUUAGGGAGUGCGCCAGGGGAUAAUCACUUAGACCACGCUCUGAUUUCUUGUAGUCUGGGCUCUUUUCUCUUCUGAGUCUUCUCAUCAUUAUUAUGGAGCCAAACAGUCCUAAAAAGAUCCAAUUUGCUGUGCCAUUAUUUCAGAGUCAAAUAGAUCCUGAAGCAGCUGAACAGAUCAGGAAAAGAAGGCCCACACCAGCAUCACUAGUUAUUAUGAAUGAACACUCACCCCCAGAAAUAGAUGAGAAGAGAAAGAACAACUCACAAGGAGAAUCACAGAAUGCCUCCCCUAAGCAGAGGAAGCAGAGUGUGUACGCUCCUCCUGCCAUCAAAGGGGUUAAACAUCUGAAAAGUCAGAACGACUCAGCAUUCCCAGAGGAGGAAGAGGGUGUCAAUGAAAGAGAAGAAGAAUGGGACCAUUAAUUAGCAUUGGGCUUGUGUAAGAAAGGUUAUUGUGAAUAACUGAACUGCUAAACUUUCCAUACUUAACAUGGAAUUCCAUUGCUUGUGUUUCUGAAACAUUCUUCAUCUCACCACUCCAGGCACACAUAGCAGAAUGCUUUCCGGGGAGCAUUCCUUGACUGGAUUUUACAGCACUCUGCAAACUUGUCCUGUGAUACUUGUAACUGAAGAUAAACAUUUAUUUUACAGUCAUUUUUCUUUCCUUUUUUAUGACUUAAAAAUGUAAUUUGCAAACAUGUUAGUAAUCUAACUUCAGUACUGCCAGAGCUUAAUUACUGAAUGUGAUCUGUACUCCAAGACUUAUUGUAAAUAGUACCAAUUUAAAAGUUACAAAUAAAUACUAAAUUCAUUUAGACAUGA